AUGGAUACUAGAGGUAGAAAGAAUUCGACUAAGGGGGACGAAGAAGAACUGCACGCAUUAGUUAAAUCUUUAGUUACAACAUUAUGUACAUCGGAAGAUUUUAUUGAAGAUAUUGAGAAGUUAAAACACGAGAACGUGCAAAUUAAUAAAAAAGUGGAAGAACAGGAUGAAAUAAUAAAAAGCCUGUUAAAAAAACAAGAAAAACAAGAUGAAGCUAAUAGAAGUCGUAAUGUUUUAUUUCAUGGAUUAAAUGAGAAUGUUGGAGAAAAUUGCAGACUCUUGAUGAUGAACAUAUUCAGUGACACAAUGAAGUUAAAGAAUAUUAUUUAUGAUAACAAGAAAUUAUUUAAAAACACUAAAAUUGUUGCUCGAGAGGAUCUAACACCAGCCAAACUUACAAUGUUAAAAGCAGCUUUGGAAAAAGUCGGUAAAAAUGGAAAAGUAUGGACAAAUCAUGGUAACGUGUUCCUGAAAUAUUUUAAUGCCGAUCAAGUUAAGAAAGUUGUUGCGAUGGGCGAUCUUAAAGAAAUAAUCAGUAUUGCCAAAAAAAUUCUUAAGUAUGACUCCAAUAGGCACACGUCAGAUGAAGAACUCAGACAGAGAAAUGAACAUGCAAACAGAUAUACCAAUCUUCCUCAUUCGCCUAACAACCUAUUUGAGCCAAGGACUAAACAAGACAGAGCAUUAUAUAAAAUGGAAACGGACAUAGAAGAGAGAAAUAAUAAGAAAGAUAAUGAUACUCCAAGAACUUUGAAAAACAUUCGAAAAAAAUCCAAAAAGUCAAUCACCCCUACAAGAAAUCAGUUCCAAACACAUGAAUCCAACUCUAAAAGGGAUGAUGACAUAGGAAAAAUUGUUAAGAAACGGAAAAAAGGACAGAAAUUUAAACCCCUCAUAGAAGUUCCAAAAAACAAAGAAGACCACGAAAAAGUACUGAAUAACAUCAAAGCGGAAAAAAUGCCACACCAUACCUCCAGGGACGAUAAAACACAUGCUUUUGUACUUAGAUGGUUGGCAAAAGGCACGAAAAUUAGUGACAUUGAAGAAAACCUAGAUGAAGAAUACGAGAUCAAAGCCAGAGCGAUAUAUACUAUGAAAACAAAAGACAGGGCACUCUUUCUAGUGGUUACCGACCCAGUAAUAACGCUAGAGUACCUCAAUAAAAAUACACGGCGUGUAUUAUACACAACGGUGACGUGGGAGCUCAAAAAAUUGACUAAGCCAAUAAUACAAUGCCACAAUUGUCAGCAGUGGGGACAAGCUACGGCCAAUUGUGGCCGGCCUCCACGCUGUCUUAAAUGCGCGGGUGAUCACCAUACCCUAACCUCCACCAAAACACCGAACACACCAGCAACGUGUGCAAAUUGUGGGGCACUACAAGUAAGAAGGCAACGUGAAAACUCAUCAAAUACUAGAAGUCCCCCCAGAAAUACGGAAAUACCAACACAAAUAACCCCCGGAGGAUCCAUGGACCAUUUCGCGGCCCUAAACGAAGAAUUUACCACAUUAAAUCGGCUGGUAAAUAUAAGUGAAUUAACUAGAGCAGUCAGAGCACUGACCGCCAGACUUGUACAACGGGAAAGGAAGUCAUAG